AGGCACCAUGUCUGGCUCUACCAUCCUGCUGCCUCUGUUACUGCUGCUCUCUGGAUCCUCAGCCUCCCACUUCAACGGAGGGACCAUGACCUUUAACCCCAAAGGAGUCAACGCAAACGGAUCCUACACAGUGGACAUUCGCUUCAAGUUGGCCCUUCACUCGACGUGUUCCACUUCAGCCUGGGCUAACAUGUGGAAUUGUCAGAGUGGAAAUUGUGGCAGUAUUAGCAGCAAUGCUCUGUAUAACCUGGACAGUAGCAGUGGCGACUGGUGCCAGUGGGAAGAAGUCAUGAUUAGAAAUGUUGACACCAACCUACCUUUUAUACUUGAACUGUCUGGUGGUAACUGGAUCACCACCUAUGUUGGGGGUAUAGCAUGGAGACUAAGAACUACGGUGGAUCUGGGAGUGAGGUCUGACACAGGGACAGCCAACAGAUCCCCACAGACCACAGUCAUACCUCUUCUGCUAGUUCCAGUAAAUUGUCCCAGGGAUUUUCAGCUUUUGGCCCAUGAUCCAGAUGGAGACCUGGUUCAGUGCAGACUAGGUCUGUCUGGGAACCAGGAGUGUGCUGAUUGUUCACUACCUGUACCAAGCAUUUUUACACUGAAGUCACCAUGCACGCUAUCUUACUGGAACACUUCCAGUGUUCCAAACACGUACGCGGUGCAGCUUAUGAUGGAGGACUUCCCCACUGCGUCUAUAACCCUGAGCUACAAGGAUGGCACACAGUCCAACCGGAGUUCCUUGUUCAGCCCUCUCAGCAAGUUGCCCGUACAGUUUGCAGUUAGAGUUGGGGCUGCAGUGCCCUCCUGUGCUGAGGGGGAAUAUCUCCCCAGGUUCCUGUCCCCGACGCCGGCCUACGGAACCCACCUCUACGUCGCUGUCAACAACACACUGGAGAUCUCAGUCAGGGCUGAGGCCCUUUAUUCUAACGUUUCCGAGCUUCUGGUCAGUGGUCCGCACAAUUUUACAAAGACCACGACUGCACCUGGACAGUUCACGAUAAGAUGGACACCAACAGCAAAUGACGACAGACAGGACCAUCCUAUCUGCUUCGUCUCCCAGGCACUGAAUAAUGUCAGCUCAAAAAUUCACUCUGAGCUGCGUUGUGUGAUUGUCACCGUUGGAAACCUAUAUACCACACCAGAUCCUGAAACUACGACAAACAUUUUCACAACAAACACAACGACUAUACCUGAUGCCACAAAUACCACACCACCACCUACAACUACCACACCAACAAACACAACUACUAUAGUUGGGGUGUCAGAAAACCAGAAGAAAGCAGGGGUCCCCUGUUAG